CCUUAAACCCAUUUAAUUUAAAUACUUUCUAGCUUCGUGUAAUUUGUGCUACCCUACUAAAGAGCUUUGUGUUUCUCAUCAGAUCUUAUCAUGAACUUUUUCAUCUUUUUUUUUCCUUUGCUUUCCUACAUAUUCUAAAGACUGACUCUUCAAAAAGUCUUUCCUUGUGUAACCUGAUCAUGGAGGAAACUCCAGACAGUGGGUUGGCCGAAGAAAUUCAAAGAUCUCAAAGUUAUUUAGGUGCAUUUAUUUGGGGUUCUGAUGGCAGUACAGACAGUGUCAGCCAGGAAAUUGCUCAAGGUGGGUCUCAUGAAGACUCUGCAUGUCUCUCUGAAGCAGAGCGAGACAUGGAAUUUUCCACUGAGAUGCUUUCUUCUGCUAACUGCCACACUGCAACUGAACAUGGUGAGCCUGACCUGAGGCCAGCCCCUCCAUGUGGCAAUGAAGAGCUGUCCCCAAAGCCUGUGUCUGAGACUGAUUUUGCCAUUGCUGCUUUUAUGGAGACAGAGCAGCCUAAUAACUUACCUAACUCAGAGAUACCAGUCAUGGAAACUGGUGGCCUAGUCAAUAAAAGUCAAGAAGAUAUUAAACAGUCAGCAGAAGAGGAAGAGAAACAGAAGAUAGAAGAUUCUAUGUGGGCAGAUGUGGAGACAUGUGAAAAGGUAGACACUGGAGCUGUUGCUAUCACGUCACUAGAAGGUAGAGGGGAAUUUGAAGAGAAAGAAUGUGAAAAUAUAGAAAAUAAGGUAGUAGGUCCAGAAGAAAUGGCAAGGCAAGACCAGGAGCCCUUGACAAUCAAAGGGGAGGAAAGUAGGAAAGAUGUAAGAGCUAGAUAUAAGGAAAAUGCACAGACCAAUGAAAAGUAUUUUAAGAAAACUGGUAUUUUAGAAAUAGGCAUGGGAAGAUUAGAUAUGGCUGAGGAAUUUAGUGACAGAAGCCAAAGACAAGAUGAUGGGAUUCAAGUAGUAAUAAGUCAUUACAGAAUUAAAGGGAGUUCUGGAGCUAAGUAUGCUAGUCAUACAGAUACUUUGAAUCUGCCUCUCCAUACUGAGUCCUUAUCUACUAUUGAAGAUGCUGUCCCUGGAGAACAGGAUUUAGCUAGUAAAGAUAUAAAGAACAAAUUAAAAGGUCUUCAUAACCACAGUGUGAUAUGUCACAGUGUACUGGGCAUUACACAUGCUAAAGAAAUUCAAUGUGAGAUGGUAUCAUGUGCUUCUGAAGGAAAUGGGGGUGAAAAUCAGGCUGUUGUUUUAUCAAUAAAACACAAAGUGGCAGCACAGUCAGGAACAGAGCUUGAUUAUUCCCUGGAAACUAAUGGAAACAGAAAAGAGUGUUGUUUAUAUAAGGCAGAAAACUCAUUAAUAGAGGGGUCUGAAAGUACAGUGACUGGGACGUCUAGUCAUAUCAUUAACUUGCCAAGAAUUACAAAAGCAAACUCUUGGAGAAUAGAUACAGGUCAAAUUUGGCAGCCAGACUUGGAUUUGAACGUGAAUAAUAUUCAUAUGUUGGAAUUUUCUGGUAAACCAGAUGGCCAAACAAGUAGAUUUGCCAGCUGGCUUGAAUCUAUUAACUGUUGGUCUAUCAGAGAUGUGGGAGACUUGGAUAAUUUUUGUGAACAUGUCAAUAUAGGUGAGAGAAAGAAAGAACUGGAGAUAGACUUACAAGCAGGUGUAUGUGGGGGAAUGGCCAUUCCUAACUGCUGGGAGUAAAGUGCAGAGAAAGCUAGACCAUUUGUUAUGGGAACCGCUCAGAAUGCUCGCUCCAAGAGUUCCACUAGUGCCCAGGACAAUGACAACAGCAACUCAGAUUUACCUGAAGAUGAAAUUGCUAACCAGAGAUACGGAUUCUUGUACCAAGAACUAGAGGCUGAUAAAGAAGAGGUACUUAUCCCAGUAUGUAGUGUAGACUAGUCCAAAACUUCUGUAGGUUUUGUUUUUCCUCAUGUUUCCCACCUACUUCAUUGAUCAUCACUGUCUUCUCAAGGCCAGCCUCAUCUCCUUGGUAGCUUCUCAUGUACCUCUGAAAUCUGCUGCAAACCAAACACAAAUAGGUUGACAAAAGCACACCAGAAAAACAGAAUGAUUGUGUUGGUGACUGAUGAAAGUCUAUUACCAUCCCAUUUACUGUUUUGCUUGCAUUCAUUUUUCCUGUCAAGUACUAAAAAUAUAUAGAGCACACUCACUUGUAGUUCCUAGAGUGGAAAUAUUAGCAGUAUUUCCAUGCCAAUAAGAACUCAUGAAGUGUUUCUACCCAAACCACUUGAGCUAUAGAACCUUUUAAUAGUUGUACAUCAAGGCAAUAAUCUAAUAGAAAUACUGCAAACACUCCUGGAUUCUCUCAAUGGCCUGUAAAAAGUGGGAUUUAACCCCUCAUGGCUGUUCUCUGGAAUCAGCUUGUCUUUGAGAAAACAGGUUUUGGUUAGCACUGAUCCACACAUCAGCAAUAAUUGUAAAAAUAAUCUUUUUUUUGUCAGCCCAUUUGAAACAAUACAGUGUGACCUUUAUACAUGGAAUGCCUAGGCAUUCCCUAAGCACCUUUGCACAGCAUCCUUUUGUAUUAUUUUAAAUUUGCGGUUGUCUCUACCUUCUAACUUGUUUAAUGGAAAUUUACCAAUC